UCUCCAACUUCCCUGAUAAAGUAAAGCGGCAGACGCUUGAAGCGUACGAGCAACAAACCAGCGGUAAAUUAAUCGCACAUACCACCGCAAGAAUCAUCUCCUUUUGGGGGGGAUAAAUAGUACGUUCGAAAUAGUUUGAUAACUACAUUUAGCGUCUCAAAAGGUCGAUCUAGCUAACUUUUUCUCCUCAUCGCGUGUGUGGAUUGUAAAGAGGACGUUUUGAGUCUGGUGAAUGCGGUGAAUCAUUUCUGUUGUCCUUUGACGUCCAACGCGCAUCCCGGCUAAAACCAUGCCAUUCCCUUUUGGGAAGUCUCAGAAGAGCCCUGCAGAGAUUGUGAAAAGUCUGAAGGAGAACGUAGCGUACUUGGAGAAGCUGGAGUCAUCUGAAAGCAAGAAAUGCGAAAAGGUUGCAGAGGAAGUAUCAAAAAAUCUUGCGUCGUUGAAAGAGGUGCUGUGUGGCACUGGAGACAAGGAGCCUCAGACUGAGGCAGUGGCUCAACUGGCUCAGGAGCUCUACAACACCAACCUCCUCAUUUCCCUCAUAGCGAACCUACAGAGGAUUGAUUUUGAGGGAAAAAAGGAUGUGGUGCAUCUGUUUAGCAACAUAGUGCGUCGCCAGAUCGGAGCUCGCACCCCGACUGUGGAGUACAUCUCUUCCCACUCACAGAUCCUCUUUAUGCUGCUGAAAGGCUAUGAAACCCCAGAAGUGGCCCUUAACUGUGGCAUGAUGUUGAGGGAAUGUCUGCGUCACGAACCUCUGGCUCGAAUCGUUCUGUUCUCCGAGGAGUUCUACUGCUUCUUUCGAUAUGUGGAGCUAUCAACUUUUGACAUUGCCUCUGAUGCUUUUGCCUCUUUUAAGGAUCUGCUGACAAGACAUAAGAUUAUGUGUGCCGAUUUCUUGGAGACAAAUUACGACAGAGUGUUCACGGAGUAUGAAAAGCUGCUGCAUUCUGAUAAUUACGUCACCAAGCGGCAGUCUCUGAAGCUCUUAGGAGAACUAUUACUGGACAGACAUAACUUCACAGUCAUGACUAAAUACAUCAGUCGAGCCGAGAACCUAAAGCUGAUGAUGAACAUGUUGAGAGACAACAGCCGCAACAUCCAGUUCGAAGCCUUCCAUGUCUUUAAGGUGUUUGUGGCUAACCCCAAUAAGACGCAGCCUGUGCUGGAUAUCCUCCUCAAGAAUCAGUCCAAGCUGGUGGACUUCCUGAGCCACUUUCAAACGGACCGCUCUGAAGACGAGCAGUUCUGCGACGAGAAGAACUAUCUCAUUAAGCAGAUCCGGGACCUCAAGCGGCCUGCACCUGCAGAGGAGUCUUAAUGGGAAAGCAUGGAGCGUACUAUCGGGGAGCUCGGCUAGUGAUGUGGUUUGAUUAUGUGGGUGAGAAUUGGAUGAGAGGAAAAAAAAUAAGAUGGAAAGAAAGGCUGGCAUCACUCGGAAUAAAUCUCUUUACAUCCAGCUUCUAAAACCGGUAAAGAAAUGCUGUCAGGAUGUGUAAACGCAUGCCUGUCCCUUUACUUGGGGGUGAGUAGGUUUUUGCUGCAGGAGGAGCAAGUGGAACCCAAGCACUCCAUUUAAACCUAUGUACAAUACAUUUUUAGCACUGCCCUUAAAAAGGAAGUACAGUCGAUUUACCUUUUUAGAUGGUGAAUCGUAGAUUUAAAAAAAAAAAAAUGUAUUCAUAUUGCUCAGAAUGAAAAGUAUAUUGAAAGCCUGCUCAGGCCUUUUAAAAGACAUUUUUAAAAGUAAGAACAUGUAUAUUGGUACCGGUAUGGCUUUGCAUAUUUGCACUGAAUCUGGUAGCUUUGCUCCAGGUAGGCCAUUAGUGCCAGUUCAUAAACCAAAUAUUAACAAUAGGUCAUAAGUACAGGAUAUUAUAGGGCCUUCUUUCAGUACACAAACACGCAUUCAUCUAGACAUUCUCACAUUUAAACUAGUCAAGGAACUUUAAAGCCUUUUAUAGUCUAAAAAUGUCAAGUGAAAUAUACCGGGGGAAAAAAAUAAUAGAAAUAGCCUGUAGAGUUUAGUGGUCAUGUUGGAUGCUGCACUCAAUUUCCAUUUUAACUGGGUGCCUUAUUUAAAUAGCUUGGUCAUUCUGGGUCUUCUAUUACGUUUAUAUUUAUCUAUAACGUCGGAUUUGUAGUAUUAUUAUUCUGCUUUUGCUUGGGUUAAUGCCUUAGGAGGAUUAGUGUUAUUUAAACUAAUAAAAAAUAUGAAAUGAUGAAAACCAAUACUCAUUUAAAGUUUUCUCAGUUUAGUUCAACCAUAUAAUGCAUUCAGGGUUCAUAGAUUUCAGUACAUGGUACACGGAGCAUGUUUACGGUGCAAGACAUAACCUCACACACACACACACACACACACACACACUGAAAGAUGUGAAAUGCUAGAGCUGGGGUAUGUCGUGACAUUCCUCGGCCGCUCUUUGAUAGACACCUUAGACAAGCCAAUUAAGCCUUUAAAAGAUGGAUGCAGUAGAUAAGAGCAUUUAACACAGUUCUUGUGUCCUGCGCUGUCAGACUUGAAUGAGCCAAAGCUGUGGUAACACGUUAUAGACCUAGAAUUUGGUUCUCCUCUGGAUUCGUUCUUACAGCACCUCUUGUUUUAGAUAAAAUGCAGAAUGGGAUUCUACUGAAAGGUUCCACCAUUAGUCUUUAUAUCUUGAGUUGAAUAUAUUUUAUGUACUCCGUUUGCACAAGUUCCUUUCUUUAUAUACCUCAUAGGUUUUAAAUUCCUAAGUGCUGUUUUCCCCCCUGCUUUAUGUCAAUAGAUAUUGUGGAAACACUUUACAGUAUAGUUUAAUUCAUUAAUGUUAGUAAAUGCAUUUACUAAUUUUGGUUAAUUAAACAUUUUAAGCGGCAUACAUGAACAUUUAAAUUAAUAAUGAACAAUAGCGUACUAUUAACUAAUCUAAUGCAUUAACUAAUGUUAACAAAUCGACCUUAUUGUAAAGUGUUUCUGGUGUUAUUUAGGAUGUGGGACAGUAGUUCGAAUUAUGCAAACUCAAAUAAGACCAUACUUCAUUGUGGUCUUGUAAUGCUGAAUAGGACCUACAAGGGAAACGAUUUAAUUUUUGCAGUUUGCUAAUGAGCGCAUAGAAUGUCAGGAGUUGUGAGGAAAGCACUAGCCGUGCUUUUGUAAAUGAGCCAGAGUUUCACUCUAAAAGGUUUUUAAUGGAUUCAUCCAAAUGUCAAUGUGUGCUUGUACUUUGACAGUUUCAGUCCACUCAUCACCAGAAGCAAAUGUUUUUGUUUUUUUAAGUAUGUCUUGUGCAUGUGAAGCAUUAUUGUAAGUAUUUAGGAUGUGAAAAGCCUUCUGAGCUGCCUUUUGCUUUUAUAAACUGCACCGUGUAAAUGCACCAAGCCUUUGUGUUGAACGGUGGCCCAGACUGAUUCACUCGCCUUUUUCCCAAAAGUUCUACAGCUAUCUAUAACCAAAUAUUUCCACCGUUUUAUUAAAUGUCACUUGAUACCACAUGUACAAGAAUGGGUGUUUGGCCAAAUGUGAUUAUUCCUCUUAACAGGGUUUUUGUCCUCAAGCUCAUUGAAGCUUUGAGGUUUUAGAUUCUCCAUGCAGUGAUGGUAAUCUCUGACAAAAGAGUUUCAAAAUAAUACGUUAGAUCUUUGAUAAGUUAUUAUGGUGGAUUACAUACACCUGAUAAUGUUUGCUAUGCUUUUCACUGUUUUCACUCAUUUUCCUAUGAGAUCUCUGUUAUAUUUUUCACUGUGGGAGAGGAUUAUAUAUGUACAUAAAGUUUUAUUUUAAACAAAAGAGUAAGUGUGGAGGCAUAUUGAAAAUAAAAUAAACAGUGGCACUUCUGUGGAACAUCAAA